AUGUUCUUGAAUCCCUUCUCGUCAAUCGUCCUUCAAACUGCCGUGGUGGUGACCACAUUGGGCUUUACCCCGGCUCAGUCACGCCUGAGGUCUGGGGCAUUGGUUCCCGUCGGACUAUGCACUGGCCACUGUAUCUCAACUGCAUUGGACUGUUUCGUUCGCACGCCAUGGGCCAGCCUCGCGGGCGGUUACUCGGUCAUGUUACUGCUUCAUUAUAUCGACCUCAGUUUGCUGGCACGCUGGCAAUUUCCACCGAGCAAGAGACCUACCCCCCCGGGUGCAAGGUCUAAUGAUAUGACAACCUCUUCCUGGGCAGCCCGGUUGCGGUUUGGCAUCUGGGCAGCUUUCAAUGCGCGAUGCAUCGGGACCCCUGAACAAGUGCAUCACGUCCCUAAGGUUGCCACACACGAUCGAGCCGUAUUCCUCCGUCGAUCCGCCUGUUUCAUGAUCCUCAGCUACCUGACACUCGAUAUUCUUGCGUCGAUGGGUGAUCCCGACGUGAGUUCUCGCUUCCUCGUCGCAUCUCGCGUGCCAUUUCUUCGUCGACUAUCCGUCUUCACCGCGGAAGAGUUAGUCAUUCGAAUCUUUUCCACCCUGGCGGCAGGGAUAGGCUUGCUAUCCAGUCAAGGCGGCUUCUAUCACCUCUUCGCAUUCACCAGCGUUCUUAUGAGGUGGAGUGAGCCGCAGGACUGGCCCCCCUUCUACGGAUCACUGUCGGAGGCUUAUAGUUUGCGAAGACUAUGGAGUCGCGUGUGGCAUCAAUCCAAUUCCCACAAAUUCCGCGCGAUAUCUCUCCUUUUCGUGCGCGAUGUCUUUCGCCUCCAACCACGAACGCUCGCAAAUCGAUAUGCGACGGUUUUGAUGGUGUUUGCGACCUCGGCUUUCAUGCACUUUCUCAUCGAUCUGUCGGCGGGACUAUCGGCUUCCACCUCUGGGGCUGUGCAGUUCUUUGUCACGCAGGCCCUCGGGUUAAUGAUAGAAGACUUGGUAUUUAUUAUCUACUCUGCUCUACGCGGCAGCGGGCCUUCCCGCGAUCGGCCGGCUUCUCGUGGAGAACGGACCGUUGGGUUUUUCUGGGUUGGAAGCUUUUUGGUCUGGUCGUUUCCCGCGUAUCUCUAUCCCAUGUUGUAUCGCUCUAACGCGGGCUUCAAUGAUUCGGUGGUUCCUGUGAGCGUGGUCGGGCUGUUGCGAAGCCUCUUCUGA